AUGUCGCUGGAAAUAGAAUCUCGCGUGGAUGAGCUGAACCAGAAGUUAGACCUGUACCACAAAGAGGUCCUCGACGCCAUAGCGAAGAAGAAGCAGAAGAAAAAAUCGAUACCACUUUUCAUUAUCUCGUAUAAUACCUCCGUUACGAAAUAUAAGAACCUUGGUCUUAUCGGUGCGUUCUUUAUCCCAUACUGCAUCAUGUUGGCGUUCGUCGGUAUCCCCAUCUUCUUCCUGGAACUCUCCCUCGGUCAGUUUUCCAGCAACGGGCCCGCCACGUGCUGGAAAUUCGCCAAACUCUUCAGAGGGAUCGGGCUGGGCAUGUUCGUCGUCUCGGCUCUCGUGGCCAUCUACUACAACAUGAUCAUCGGCUGGGCGUUCUACUACCUGUUCGCGUCGUUCACCUCCGAGCUGCCCUGGGCCGAGUGUCGCCCGGAGUGGAGCACCCCAAUGUGUUUGACCAACUUGCCCACGUACAAUGCGAGUUACUGUUUUGACCUGGGUUUUACUACCGAACUGAACGGAACCUGUUACGACACUAACGGAACGUUGAGAGCGCUCUAUGACGAAGAGCUGGCCCGAAACAACAGCAUCAAGAAGAUUCUCCCGACACAGGAAUACCUCGAUUAUUCCUCGCUGGGCAAAGGUUUCAGCUCUGGAAUUGGUGACCUUGGCCCCGUCAAGUGGCAGCUGCUACUGUGUUACCUCCUGGCUUGGAUAUUCGUCGCCCUCGUCUUGAGCAAAGGCGUCAAAUCGUCGGGGAAGGUUGUUUAUUUUACUGCCACGUUUCCCUACCUAGUUCUUUUGAUCUUGUUGAUACGAGGGGUCAUGUUGCCGGGCUACUACGAAGGAAUCAUGUUUUACCUGACGCCAAAGUUUGACAGACUUCUAGACGCACAGGUAUGGAAAGACGCCGCGGUCCAGAUAUUCUUUUCGUUGUCUGCCUCGUGGGGAGGCUUGAUAGCCCUGUCCAGCUACAAUAAGUUCCACAAUGACGUCUUCAGGGAUGCUAUCAUUGUAUCAUUCGGCAACUGUCUCACAAGUUUGUUCGCAGGCUUCGUCGUUUUCUCCUACCUCGGCUUUCUGUCUAAAGAACUGAACAUCCCCAUUGACGAGGUGUGUCGACAAAGGUACAGGAUGUCCACAUUGAAAUAUAAAUGUUUUGCACAAUUUCAGGGAUGUCCUCAUUGUAAUAUAAUUAUUUCUCACGUUUUCAGGGAUGCUAUCAUUGUAUCAUUCGGCAACUGUCUCACAAGUUUGUUCGCAGGCUUCGUCGUUUUCUCCUACCUCGGCUUUCUGUCUAAAGAACUGAACAUCCCCAUUGACGAGGUGGUCGACAAAGGUCCUGCGCUAACGUUCGUGGUGUACCCUUUCGCGGUGACCAAGAUGCCGAUCUCGCCGCUCUGGUCCAUUCUGUUCUUCUUCAUGUUGUUCACGCUGGGCGUCGACAGUCAGUUCGUGUUGGUGGAGACGUGCGUCACGUGUAUUAUCGACCUGUUCCCCAAGACUCGCAACUACAAGAUGAUGGUCGUUAUCGGUCUGUGUUCCAUCUUCUUCUUACUCGGCCUCACCCUCACAACACAGGGUGGAAUUUACAUGCUGGACCUUAUGGAUAAUUACGCUGGAGGUUGGAACGUCAUGUUGAUUGCGAUAGCUGAAUGCAUUGCCAUCGUGUAUGUCUACGGUGCGUUUCGAUUUCUGAAAGACAUCGAGACAAUGGUGGGCCAGAAGGUGUGCGGAGUAUUCCCCUGGGCCAUGUGGAAGUACUGGUGGGUCGCGUGCUGGGGAGUACUUACCCCGGUCAUUGUUACGGGGGUCAUGGUGUUCUCCUGGGUGGACUACCAGCGACUGGAUGGCUACCCCGACUGGGCGGACGUUCUGGGCUGGCUCAUGACGUUCUCCGUCGUUCUGGCCAUCUUUAUCCCAGGAAUCGUUCUCAUCUGCACGUCGAAAGGCACCAUGCGUGAGCGUUUCCGUGAAGCGACCACACCCACCUACGACUGGGGCCCCGCUUUGGUUAAACACCGGAUGUUGGUCGCUGAAUACAUCCCUAACUACGUCGUCAACCCGAAAAUGGAUCAAAAUGGUGAUGCCGUUCAAUUGGAGUCUGUGGACAUAACGCUAACCAAAGCGAGCGGCGAACUACCAGCGGGUUACGUGGCUAGUCCCGAUAACGGACAUUUCUACGAUGAAAAGAUGUGAACAGACGUCCGUCCGUCUGUCCGUCCGUCCGUCUAUCACACAAACUGAAUCAGCAGAAUUUCAACCAUUCAGAACCUAACAUAGAUGAGAAACCCAUGAAUCUCAGUCUUGUAAAAUAACGUCAACAAAUAAUCUAGUAUGGUAUAGAAUGACCUGCAUUAACGAGCCACACCUGUCUUAAAGACCAUUUUUAAUACUUACUUUGGUGGCUGGUUACUAUUACUACAACGUCAAUCAACAACAACGUCAAUCAACAACAACGUCAAUCAACAACAACGUCAACAAGAAACAAGACAGCAGGACAGCACCUUUUAUUUUUCAUUCAUCACCAUGAAGGUGAAGACUCCAAUCCUUGUCAUUUCGGUCUACACAGUAGUUUGUGUUAUCCACACCAUGUUUUAUAGACUCAAAAUAUUUCGCUCUGUAAAUCGCAUGCUCAAAUCGACUCAACAAGGUUUUUAACUACGCCAUGAACGCUGACGCUGUUAUCAUAAGACAUCAUCAACAUCAACAUCAUCAUCAUCAGCAGCAAUGAUUUCCAGUUUUAUAGUCCUUUUAGAAGUCAUUAAUAAUACUUUCGUGUUACUAGAUGAAAGUAUAUAUUAUAUAUGUUUAUCUUAUAUGCACACUUUGUUUUAUCCUCGUAUAUGUAAUGUUAUGUUCUACCGAAUGUUUUAUUUUUAUAUAAAAGUUUGACAAUCUUUUAAAGUGAAACUUAUUUCAUUCCUGAAACUAUCUCAAGCGCAUGCACAGCCAGCGUGUUUUAAAAUCGUGAUAGUCACAAUUUAAUACGUGUAAAAGGUGUAUUUUAAACUACAGUUCGUUUGCGUGAAAAGGAAACCGAUGAAUUGGUAUGUAUAACUCCAUAAUGGUUAAUGUUAAAAUUUAUAUUAAAAUACAGUAUUGAGUUUUAAAGCCAUAUCAUCUCAAACAACAUUUAAUGUUUUUACUAAAAAUAAUUAUGUGUAUAAAAAAUGUUUAUUAACAAAUUACCAUCAAAUUAUAUCAAUUAAAUGUCGUUUAAAUACAGCGGUGAAGUCAAAAUGUAAGAACAGUCAAGGUAUGUAGCCACACCUGCAAUUUGACCGAAGUCAUCAAUAACGCAAUCCACGAUGACUAAAGGUAGAACUGCGCAUGCUUUACCUUUGCGGUUCCAUCAGUCGUUUUCAGACAAGUAUGGGGAAAAAAACAAGAAAGAUUUAACAGAUGCAAUUUGAUAGUCAUUAGUAAAAAAUAGUUUUUUUUUUCUUUACAUUGGAUUUUGUUUCUUCAGAAAAUUGUUAUUCCAGUUGGUAUGUGUUUAAAAUUUAAUACUAUGUUUUUAUUUUUGAUACGAACUUUUACAUUAUUCAUUAUAGAGUGGUGUCGUUAAACAAAACAAACUAACUUUAAUUUUUUUUAAUUAUAGACUGUUAUGUCAAUUCAUCGGUUCCAUUUUGACGCAAACGAACUGUAUAUGUUUAUUAAGUUUUAUAUUCUAUUUACAAAAGUAAUCAUUCCAAUAUUCCGUGGAAACCAUUAUGGGUGGGAAUUCUCCUCGGAUCAGCUGUUUUCCUCUCAUGGAACAUUGCGUUUCCCCACAUUUUAAUCGUCCUUUCCUCCAAAAUGUGUCAGAUGGCACAGAUUUUAACCCGGGAUUUCAAGAAUUUCCGGGACCCCUCUAAAUUUCCUCUUUUUUACAGUUCACCAAUUCCUAGCCCUGAACCAUGUAUAUGAUUAUUUUAUACUGUAUUUAAUAGUAACACGUGACAUUUGUAAGCCCGAUUCGUCUAUCACAAUCAUGGUUACGGAUUUAUGUAAUUGUGUAUGUGCAUCAAAUUUGUAUUUUGUAAAACAACAACAAACAAACGUUUAUUAUUUAAUAAUGCAAAUCAGAUAUCAUUUUUAAAUAAAACUUAUAUAUAUAUAUAUUUACUGUUUACAAAAUAACAUAAUUAUUAUGUUUCCGAGUUAUUUUUAAAUAUAAAUUGUUUAUAUAUAUUUUUUGUGUAUAACUUUUUAAAUGAAAAUGUUUUUGUUUUGUGAUAGCAUGUAUUAUUUGAAGGCAGGAAGAUUGUUUUCUUUGUUUUAACUCAUAUUCAACUGUUUGUGACAUAAGUAGUGUAAUGUUUUUUAUACUUUAUUUUCAUAACAUAUGCAUAGCUAUUUUGUACAUUUACACAGAAUAAAAUGUUUUGAUCAA